UGAGGCCCCGCCCCGGGACGGGACCGGCUGCGGCCGCGGCGGCGCGCAUUUUCUCCUCUGGGGGAAGGCGAAGGGAGGUAGCGUGCUGGCAGCAGCGAAUGUCGCAGAGUGGGGCUGCUUCGGGUCGGUUGUGGAGUCGAGUAGAACUCCCUUUCCGCGGUCAGGGGACCUCUCAACCCCUCCUCAACCCAUCCUCUGACCUGAGAUCUUUCCAGGAGGUAAACCAAGAUUUCAUUUUCAAGAUGGAAAGCCCAUCCUACUCGGCUGUGAUUUCACCUAGCACUCCACGGGACUGUGCCAAUCCACCCUCUCCCUGUACAAGUAGUUCAAGAAAACAACCUAUGAGUGCAACACUUAGAGAACGAUUAAGGAAAACAAGAUCUUCAUUUAAUUCCUGUGAUAGUGUGGUAAAACGUCUUAAAGUAGAGAAUGAAGGGAAUGAUCAAACUUUUUCCAAGAAACCAGCAUCUUCGACGGAAGAAAACUGUUUGGAAUUUCAGGAAAAUUUUAAACACACAGACAAUGAAUUUGAAGAAAGUACAUAUUUGAAAAAUACCGUCAAAAAUAUCAGUGCAAGUGAAUCUCAGUCACUUGACACUGAGUCACGAAGUGAUCUCCAAAGUGGCUUUGUGAAUGAGGAUCUUCCCAAACAAAGAUUAAGUGAAGAAAGAGCAAAAUUGGUGAAGCAGAUUGAGGAGAAAGAAGACCUUCUUCGGAGGCUAAAACUAGUUAAAAUGUAUAGAUCAAAGAACGACCUGUCUCAGUUGCAGUUGUUAAUACGGAAAUGGAGAAGCUGUAGCCAGCUAUUGCUUUACGAGUUGCAGUCGGCUCUGUGCAAGGAGAACAAGAAACUCAGCCUGACUCAGUUGAUAGACCACUGUGGGUUAGAUGAUAAAUUGCUACACUAUAACAGAAAUGAAGAAGAAUUUAUGGGUGUUUAAUUCAUAAUCUUUUCUCCAGAAUAUUUUUGAGAAUUCCCACUUAAAAGAUACUUCAUACAUUCAAUUUAAAGGGAAGGUAGAAACAUAAGGGCUUAGAGAAAGGUAUCUUGAUGAAUAUCCAUUUAGAGCAAUUUAUUUUGGUUAUUUUAAUCAAUUUAUUUUGGAUAAAUUUUCCAAAGAUAACUUGACAUUUAAAGAAACGUAAAAAAAAAUUAAAUCAUGUUUAAAAAAUAAUCUGGGCAUUUCUGGAAGUCAAUUUUAAUACAUUGUUUUGUUGGAUAAAAAAGUUUUAUUUUAAAUGUUAAAAAAUAGUUUAGUCUGGUGAAUGUCUAAACCUAACGUGGUCUAAAAAUGCCUGUCUGUGUCCUAAGUUUAUGAACCUUGUUUCCAUCUAUUUGCCACAUAUUUCUAUCUGGAUGGUAUAGCAGGUAAUUAAACUUGUUCAUAUAUCCAAAUA